AGAACAAGUUAAUUUGCUACCCAAUUUAUUGACUAGCAUAACCAUUUCCACACGAAUUGAAAUUAACGUGCUACAAACUAUCUUUCUUCAAGUAAAAAGAAAGAAAAGAAAACUGUUAUCAAAUUGGCAACUGAGAAAGAAGAAGCAAAAUUACCUUUCUUCCUUCAUGACUACCAGAAUCAUUACUCUACUAAUCUUCGUACUUAAUCUCAAUAAUCUUCCCUUGUUAAUGGCGAAACCCUGGAUCAAAGCUGCUUACUAUGAUUCUUCUGGCAACCUCCCUGCAUCGAGUGUGAAUUCUGCUCUGUUUACUCAUAUUUAUUAUGGUUUUGCAGGCAUCGAUAAUUCCACUUAUCAGCUCUCCUAUCCCUUCUCUAACGAGCAAGAUGUCUCUACCUUCACUGCCACCCUUAAGCGAAAGAGCCCAUCAAUCAUUACUCUUCUGUCCAUCGGACUUGCUUAUAGAAACUAUUCCACCUUUUCUACAAUGGUCAGCCAACCUUCUUACAGGAAGGCCUUUAUCAGAUCUUCAAUAAAAAUCGCCAGGAGAUACGGCUUCCAUGGCCUAGACCUCGCGUGGCUUUGGCCUAACACAAGCUUCGACAUGAAAAACGUUGGAGUUCUUUUAGAAGAAUGGCGGGCUGCUGUAAAUUCUGAGUCGAGAAAUUCCAGUGAGCCUCAGAUAAUCCUGACGAUGAUGACUUAUCGCCUGCCGGUUAUUGGUAACUUGACUUUUCCAGUUGAGUCCAUUGAGCGAAACUUGAAUUGGGUAAAUAUCUUAACCUUCGACUAUCAUUUGCCCUUAAAAGAGAGGGCCACAGGCAACCAUGCAGCUUUAUAUGAUCCUUCAGGGCAUGUUAAUACUGAUUUUUGUGUAAGGGCAUGGUUAGAAAGAGGACUGCCACCAAGCAAGCUGGUUUUGGGUCUGCCUUAUCACGGAUACGCAUGGACGCUCGUGAACCCAAAUGACAAUUCCGUUGGUGCACCGUCCUCCGGACCGGAUUUGACGAUGGAUGGAUCUAUAGGCUAUAAGAUGAUUCAAUCAGUUAUUUCCGGUUAUGGAUAUGGAGUCGCUUCUACCUACAAUGCAACAUAUGCAGUGAAUUACUUCACUAUCAGAACAACCUGGAUAAAUUUUGACGAUGUUGAGGCUAUUAGGACUAAGAUUUCUUAUGCCGUGACAAAGGGACUACUUGGUUACUUUGUCUUUCAGCUCGCAAAUGACGAUGAUUGGAAGCUUUCACGGGCAGCUUAUGGGGUUGGCAAUGAUGAAAAGAAGAAGAAAUCCCAAAUUAUAAUAGUUCUAGUUCCAAUUGUUGUGGUUAUCCUUCUGCUCUUUGCCUCUGCAUCUUACUAUAUAAGAUGCAGAACACUCAAAUCAAGAGGGAACACAGAGUUUGGCGAGGUACCAAGCUUUGAAUUAGGACAGCCUAUUACAGUUGUGAAUGAAUCUCCAGACCAGAAUGCACCUAAUCUGCAGGUUUUUACCUUCUCUGAAAUCAAAGCAGCUACCGGUAACUUCUGUUGCGAAAAUUGGAUUGGAGAAGGUGGAUAUGGACCUGUUUACAAGGGUAAACUGCCAAGAGGACAGGAGAUAGCAGUCAAAAGACUAUCAAAAACUUCGAAUCAAGGGCUUAAGGAGUUCAAAAAUGAGCUUAAACUUACAGCAAAGCUGCAACAUGUUAAUCUAGUAAGACUUUUGGGGUAUUGCACAGAAAGGAAAGAGAAGAUGUUGAUCUAUGAGUACAUGCCAAAUAAAAGUCUUGACUUUUACCUAUUUGACCAGAAAAGAAGACUGGAAUUGAACUGGGAAAAACGUGUUCACAUCAUUGAAGGGAUUGCUCAAGGCCUUCUGUACCUCCAAGAAUACUCAAAUUUGACGAUAAUCCACAAAGAUAUUAAAUCUAGCAACAUUCUGUUGGACAGCAAUAUGAAGCCAAAGAUCUCUGAUUUCGGAAUGGCAAGAAUCUUCCAAAAGGAAAACCAUGAAGCCAAUACAUGCCAGAUUGUCGGAACAUACGGCUAUGUACCUCCUGAAUAUGUUAAACGCGGCGUCUACUCCACAAAAUAUGAUGUUUACAGCUUCGGAGUUCUGCUUCUACAAAUUAUAAGUGGCAAGAAGAACACAUGCUAUUAUGGUUCCCAUGUAAACCUGAACCUCUUGGAAUAUGCGUACGAAUUUUGGGAAACAGGGAAUGGCAAGGAGUUUCUGGAUCCAGUACUAGAUGAUUCACAUUCAACCUGUAAACUCUUGAGAUGUCUGCAAGUAGGCUUGUUAUGUGUUCAGGAAAGUCCAAUAGAUAGACCAUCAAUCUUGCAAAUUUGUUCCAUGCUGAAAAACGAAAAUGAUACUAUUGUUAGUCCUAAAAGGCCUGCGUUUUCAGUUACAAGUAAUGAUGAAAUUGAAAAAAAUGUAAGUAAAUCAACGAGUCAAGAUGUAGGUUCUGUGAACAGUGCAAGUCUUUCUGAAUUGUUACCCCGAUGACUUUAGUAUUCUGAAACAAGAGAUGCUUUGAUUUUCUUUA